UAAUAAAACUCUCUCAUUGAUUGUUGCUCGGUGAAGAAGCAGGGUUGGGUCCUCGGAAUUUCAUACAGAGCCAGUUUUCUGCAACUGCGGCUGUACCCCGCAUUUCUUUAGCUAUUUCAGAUAAACAGGAUAUCGAGGCGCAUGCAGCGCUUAUUUUUUAACGAGUAGCUAGCUAGUAAGGGGGGUUGAACCAAUUUAAAGCAGGUGUCGGUGACCUAGCUAGUUCGUACAUUCAUUUUCGACGAAAGCAAAAAGAGUGCGAAUGACGAGAACGCAUUAACUAAACUAGUUUUCAAUAGGUAACCUAACUAGGGAGUUUGCUCGCUGAAAUAUAACCAGACAUGGACGACAAGUCAUUCACUAAGGAAUUGGAUGGGUGGAUUGAGCAACUCGGCGAAUGCAAACAGCUCUCGGAAAAUCAAGUCAAAGCCCUUUGCGAGAAGGCCAAAGAGAUUCUGACGAAGGAGUCUAAUGUGCAGGAGGUGAGAUGUCCGGUCACCGUGUGUGGAGAUGUCCACGGACAGUUCCACGACUUGGUGGAGCUGUUUAAAAUCGGAGGGAAGUCUCCGGACACCAACUACCUCUUCAUGGGAGACUAUGUGGACAGGGGCUACUAUUCUGUAGAGACAGUCAGCCUCCUAGUAUCUCUCAAGGUGAGGUACCGUGAGCGAAUCACAAUCCUCCGAGGGAACCACGAGAGCAGACAGAUCACCCAGGUGUACGGCUUCUACGACGAGUGUUUAAGGAAAUACGGAAACGCCAACGUCUGGAAGUACUUCACAGACUUAUUUGACUAUCUGCCCCUGACUGCCUUGGUAGAUAACCAGAUCUUCUGUCUCCACGGUGGACUGUCCCCCUCUAUAGACACACUGGAACACAUCAGAGCGCUGGAUCGCUUACAGGAAGUUCCUCAUGAGGGUCCGAUGUGUGACCUGCUGUGGUCAGACCCUGAUGACCGUGGCGGCUGGGGCAUCUCUCCCCGCGGUGCCGGCUACACCUUUGGACAAGACAUCUCAGAGACCUUCAACCAUGCUAACGGACUCACCCUGGUCUCCAGAGCUCACCAGCUGGUCAUGGAGGGUUAUAACUGGUGCCAUGACCGUAACGUAGUGACUAUCUUCAGUGCACCCAAUUACUGCUAUCGCUGUGGAAACCAGGCCGCCAUCAUGGAGCUGGAUGACACGCUCAAGUACUCCUUCCUUCAGUUCGACCCCGCCCCUCGCAGAGGUGAACCCCAUGUGACCCGUCGCACUCCUGACUACUUCCUGUAAAAGAUCCCAAUGCCUGUGAAGUAUUGCUCUAGAUUCUUCUUAGUGAAGAAGUGGGAGAAGAUGCGGGAGAAGGGAGCAUUCGGUAUAGAGUUGUGACAAAGUAAGCAUCCAUCAAUCCAUGGACCAAAAUGUGUGCCAUAAUUUCACAAAAUGCAAAAUGGAAAAAAAAAUGUCACAUUCAUCUUUAAAGAAGACCACACAUCCGACACCCACCACAGUCCAUGGAACCAGUUCCUUCUCUCUCUGUGCAUGAUGUUAUAUUUAUCUCUGAAAAAUGAUUCUUCAUUGUAAAGAUUACAGUGUACUAUAUAGUAAUAGGGUGCCAUUUUGGAAGCAGACAGUCUCAUAGUACCUGCUGGUUUUGUCAGGAAAAAGAUCUGCUUUGAAUUAAUUAAUCUGCUGAGAUUAAGGCUUAAAUGUAACCCUUGUGAUAGGAACAUAAUUCUAGUAUAGAAAAGUUUUGGUACAGCUAACUCAGCAUGGCCUCAAACUGGAAGGUUGCAGUAAACAAACAUGUUAUGUUGUGAACAUUUUUCUAACAGAAAUUCAAUGGCUUUUUUUUUUGUGUGAAUUUUAAAUCAUUGUUUUCAGACUUGGUUGAGCGCUGGAUGGAAUUGAAUUCUUCUUUCUCUUUGCACUUUUGUAUUUAAUGUUUUAUCAUGACACUGACAAACUACAGCAUUCUGUUUUACGCUGCUUUCAGAAAGUAUUCAGACCCCUUGACUUUUUCCACAUUUUUGUUACAUUACAGCCUUAAUCUAAAAUGGAUUAAAUACAUUUUCUUCAUCACCAAUCGACACACAAUACCCCGUAAUGACAUCACAAUACCCCGUAAUGACAUCACAAUACCCCGUAAUGACAUCACAAUACCCCGUAAUGACAUCACAAUACCCCGUAAUGACAUCACAAUACCGCGUAAUGACAAAGUGAAAAAAUGUUUUUAGAAAUGUUUGCAAAUGUAAAAAAAAAAAAAAAAAAAAUUUAGAACAGAAAUACCUUAUUUACGUAAGUAGUCAAACCCUUUGCGAUGAGGCUUGAAGUUGAGCUCAGGUGCAUCCUGUUUUCAUUGAACAUCCUUGAGAUGUUUCUAAAACUUGGAGUCAACCUGUGGUAAAUUCAAUUGAUUGGACAUGAUAUGGAAAGGCACACAACUGUCUAUGUAAGGUCCCACAGUUGACGUUAGAGCAAAAACCAAGCCAUGAGGUCUAAGGAAUUAUCCUCAAGCUCCAAGAUAGGAUUUUUAUUUUACCUUUAUUUAACUAGGCAAGUCAGUUAAGAACAAAAUCUUAUUUUCAAUGAUGGCCUAGGAACAGUGGGUUAACUGCCUGUUCAGGGGCAGAACAACAUUUGUACCUUGUCAGCAUGGGGAUAUGAACUUGCAACUUUUUGGUUGCUAGUCCAACAAGCUACCCACUAGGCUACCCUGCCGCCCCAGAUUGUGUCGAGGCACAGAUCUGGGGAAGGGUACCAACAAUUUCUGUUGCAUUGAAGGUUCCCAAGAACACCGUGGCCUCCAUCAUUCUUAAAUGGAAGAAGUUUGGAACCACCGAGAGACUUCCUAGAGCUGGCCGCCAAUGGCAAAAUGAGCCACGGUGUUCUUGGGUACCUUCAGGGAGGUGACCAAGAACCCGAUGGUCACUCUGACAGAGCUCUGGAGUUCCUCUGUAAAGUUGGGAGAGCCUUCCAAAAGGACCACCAUCUCUGCAGCGGUCCACCAAUCAGGCAUUUAUGGUAGUGAGGUCGGAUGGAAGCCAUUUCUCAAUAAAUGGCACAUGAGUUUUCCAAAUGCGCCUAAAGGUCUCCUUAGAUCAUGAGAAUCAAGAUUCUCUGGUCUGAUGAAACCAAGAUUGAACUCUUUGGCCUGAAUGCCAAGCGUCCCGUCUGGAGGAAAUCAAUUUUAAAAUAAGGCUGUAACGUAACAAAAUGUGGAAAAGGUUAAGGGGUCUGAAUACUUUCUGAAUACAGUGUAUAUUUCACCCCCAGCAAAUACCUUUUCUGUCACUCACCUGUCCAUUAGUUGAGUAAAACCUAUUUCAGAGGAACACUUGUACAAAAUGACAUCCCUUGUUAUAGUUACCUUUCUGUUUUGCAGCCUCCGCUAUAUAAUAAAGAUUGAAGUUGUUCCUUUG